CGCCCAGCAUUGUUAUCACCGUCAAAGGAGUAAUUCUCAAAUGUGUAAUCAUUUGAAAUUUCCAUCACGUUGAACAGUAUCCGUCUUUGCAGUGCACGGCCAACCUCUACUUUUCAGCUAUCAACCAUUAUUCCCACCCCAAGCUGAGUUUUGUUGUGUUACCACCAUAAACAUUAGUAUCUGUUAUAUUCGCUGCUAUCUGGAAGCCACAACGUUAUACGAAAAUGUUUGCGUAAUUACAUAAGGCAAGGAGAGAGUCCCAGCAUAAAGCAUCGGCGGGGCACUACGUUGAUUUCAACCCGUUUGCUCAUCCUGGUAACAACAAAGAUUGCCAGAAUUCCACAGUUGUCUAGUGACCGGAGUCGCCGACUGAAAGCGGCCGUUCGGCUAUGUGGUUAGAGUUUACUAGGGGUUCAUUUUCUGCCUGAAGAAUUUCCGCUGCUGGAGAAUCCACCAUUUUGGAAUCAAAGAUUAGGCCCUCGAUGGGUGGAGCUUCAACGAUGAAAAUGGCAAAGGUUUGUCAGCGUUUCUGCCUUGACUGAUAACUCGUAUUCAACGGUUGAUGGAAAACUGGAGUCGGAUCAUUGUGCGUGGUACUUUGGAAAUGGUGUUUCCUCAACCAUCUCUAAAGUGGAUUUUCCCCUCUAUUCACACAGACUGACUUCUUAACCCGCAUUCUGUCAGCGAAAGGAGCGGAAACACAAGACGGGCCUUUGUUGCGGCAACAGAUUAAUCAGUAUUGGGAAGCUGAGAGAUCUGGUAUCCCGAGUAAUUUAGUCUAUGGAUUCCACUGUUACGAUGUGCAAUGAGGCGAUGGAAUAGCCCUAAUCGGAUUUGACAGGAAAUUAUCAGGUUGUUGAAAAAUUCACAACUCAGCGUUUUCCAUCCUUCGGUUGAAGUGUAUGUUAUUUCAGCUUCGUUAUGCAAAGCAAACAUGGCAGUAAGCAAAGUCACUGGUUUCUGUUUAUAGUUUUGUUUUUUCUCUGCUAUCACUUAUGGACACGCUUGACAGUAACAAUGCUUUCUUGAGCUCUGCGCAAGUGUCUCUUAUACGUCUAACAAAGUAAGCUAGGAGCACCUUUCUGGAUUAGAAGCACGCCCUGAGUAAUUCGCCACAGGGCCUCCUCGCUCUAUCGCAAUCUCCGCUGCUGAAGUGAAGGGGAAUAAUUGGACAGAGACCUUCCUUUUCAAGCUGUCUUAAAAGCCGCCUUUAGUCAUUCGGGGGGCCACUUCAAUACCCUUCUUUUUCAUUCAAUUUGCAUGCACUCGUCAGCUUGGGUCGGUGCGAUAGUACCUUUUGGACUAGCUAUACUGCUGUGCCCAUUGCCGAGGAAAAGACAAGAACAAGAAGAGCCGAUUACGUAUUGGCGUGGAUCGAUCGUACAGCUUAGGUGACUACCUCCAUGACCCAGGGAGCUUGAACCUGCCUAACACGAUUGCACGAUCAGAGCUGAGGCUAGGAGUAGGAAUAUUAUCAGCCAACUAUCAAAUCGCAAAAUGAUACUGAAGGUUUUGCUGCUGGCGUUGACCGUGAGCGCUGGGGUGUUGGCCGAGACUCGGUGCCCAGAUGGGUACUGGCGGUCCGGUGACGGCACGCAGUGCUUGCGUGCCGUCAACGACGCCAUGACGCUAUCAGACGCCGAGGCCUACUGCGCCAGUCAGGCCGUACCAGGCCAGCUCUUCCUACCCAUGGCCAGAAACUCCGGUAUUCUCAAGGAAUUUGCGGACAGUACGUUCCUGGCGAAUACCUCUCUGUGGGAUCGGUACUGGGUGGGGCUAACCAAGGACUUGUCCGACGCUUGGCAGAGAAAUGUCGUGGACGGUCAAGCUGGAGGGCCGUACUGCGUGGCACUGGACUAUCGUCGUCCCAUCAACGCUCACCAGGUGUCUUUUUACGGCUACGAGAGCCCUACAUGCCGAAGCGACGUCAAGUUACCUGCAAUCUGCUCUGCCGAACCGAGUGCGGGGAUCCAAGAGAUUCAAAAUCCGGAGGCCGUUAAUGGGGCCGUGGAGGAGUGCUCAUGUCCGGAGUGCCCCGUGCCUGCCUGCCCGGAGGUGCAGUGCCCAGCAAUCGAGCCAUGCCAGAAUGACAUCCCCCCACCCACUCCCGUUGUUGAGUGUCCCCCGACCUGGUUCACCCGCCGGGGGUUCUGCUACCACUUCCUGAUCGCCAGCAAGACGUGGGAGGAGGCCUCGCUCAGCUGCCAGAAAGAUAGCGCUGAGCUGGUCACCAUCAAGGACAAGGCCGAGAACGACUACCUAGCACAGAUCAGCGAUGAGCUCUCGGAGGCGUCGCCCACCAUGCGCCGGUAUUGGAUCGGUUUGAACGACCGCGAUGAGGAGGGGCAGAUGAGAUGGAUCAGUGGCGAGCCCGUGAGUUUCAUCGCAUGGGGACCGCGACAGCCUAGCAUCCACAAGAGACGCCGCUACGACGAGAACUGCGUAGUCAUUAAUAGCCAGCUUCCGGGUUUGUGGGAUGACAUCUCCUGCUGGCGUCGUCAUCCAUACAUCUGCAAAAAGGCUGCUCAUCUUCUGAAAGAAUAACUAAUUAAAUUAACAUUAAAACAUGCACUUUUUAUGUAGGCUGCGUACUUGAAUUCGUCCAGGUUCAGUUCUAUCUGGCAGCAUUUUUACAAAGUUAAUGAUGAUUGUUAACUUUCACGUCAAUACGCAUCUCUGUGUGAUUUCUUAACAUUUUCCCAGAGAAGUUGGGAUUCAUCAGUGAGAUAGAAAUGUAUCCACUAUAGGGACGUACCAAUAUGUACAUGUAUAAGUCACUGGGACUAGUUUGUAUAGUGCAGGUCUGGAACUAUGGUGUAUAAUUCGUCUCGGGAGUGAAGCCUUUCAAUUUGAGGUUCCAUGAUGUGACCAGUUAAUUUUCUUUUAAAGGCUGAACGCUGUUGAUAUCAGUGGUCACAAUUCUCUAUACACCUGAGCAUUUUAAUACAAUACUAGUAUACAAAGUGGUGGUUGCCGCAAUGGCUAGGGCUUAUAAUAUAUGCAUGGACUUUCCCGCGAGAUAGAAUUUGCAGUUUUAUGGAUAGACAGCCACAGCGAUCGAAGCACGCACUGGGGCUUUCGUAAAAGGAAUAACGAUAACACUGUUUGUCUAAACUAGAAUUAGCCGCUUAUAAAUGUCACCAAAUCAAAUGUUGGUCAGAUAUGUUAGGCCUUGAUUAGAGUUUCUGGCACAGAUUAUAUCUCAGAAAAUGCUUCAAGGACCAAGCAACAUGGGUGGUCCAGCAAUCCAUGCACGACCUUCAGUUAAACUGCUUAUUUUAACACCUACGGCCACUUUACUCCGAAACGGGGAUUCAUGCUUUGGAUGGACGCAAUCAAUUUGAUUACCUGACACCACUCACUGACGAUUUCUGACUGCUGUCAAUUUGAAAUUGCUGCUGGUUUCAAGGGAAUCAUUGCCAGACCAGUCGAGAUUCAUUCCAAAAUAGCACCUUUAGGCAACAAAAAAAGUAAAUUUUCUUUGGAUGUUCACGUUUGUAUGGCCCUUCCCACUGCACCGUGUUGUUUGACUAACUUAACUAAAGCUCUUUUUAUGUACUUCAUUAUUCAAUUUUCUAUUGGGAACAAUUUUGAACUAAUCAUGGACGCAUAAAUUCUGCUACAUUGACGUAAAUGUUAAAAGGACGUUGCGCUGUUCCAUGAUAAUUCAAUUUUGAAAGUAUUUCAAACGUCUGUGUUUUCUUUUGCACAAUGAGAAGGAAAAUUAAUUUGUACUAUAUACAACCUUUUUAAGUAUACGUAAAAUUUUCAAUGCAGUGUAAUCAAAAACUUGUAAUUAAUUUUGAAUUAAUCCACAAAUUAAAAAAUAAAGUAGAACUCUGCAUCUUUCUGAA